CUGCUGCAGCCGCUGGGGAUCUGGCCGCAUGGCUGCGGCGUCCUCUGAGGCGGCGUCGGGCCGCGGGGCCGGGCACCUGCUGCGCUUCCUGCGGCUGGUGGGGCAGCUCAAGAGAGUCCCACGGACUGGCUGGGUCUACAGAAAUGUCGAGAGGCCAGAGAGUGUGUCAGAUCACAUGUACAGGAUGGCAGUUAUGGCUCUGGUGACCAAAGAUGACCAUCUCAACAAAGAUCGAUGUGUACGCCUAACCCUGGUUCACGAUAUGGCAGAAUGCAUCGUGGGGGACAUAGCACCAGCAGAUAACGUCCCCAAAGAAGAAAAACAUAGGCGAGAAGAGGAAGCUAUGAAGCAGUUAACCCAGCUCCUCCCGGAAGAUCUCAGAAAGGAGCUCUAUGAACUUUGGGAAGAGUACGAGACCCAAUCUAGUGCAGAAGCCAGAUUUGUGAAGCAGCUGGACCAAUGUGAGAUGAUUCUUCAGGCAUCUGAAUAUGAAGACCUUGAGAACAAGCCUGGGAGACUGCAGGACUUCUAUGAUUCCACAGCAGGAAAAUUCAGUCACCCCGAAAUAGUCCAGCUUGUUUCUGAACUCGAGGCAGAAAGAAACGCUAACAUAGCUGCCGCUGCCAGUGAGCCCGGCUCCUGAGAGAUUCUCUGAAGUUGCUGCACUCAUGUAACACACAUUUUUUUUCCAUUUCACGUUACUGUGUUUUGCUGCCGUUGGUCUGUUGAUUUCCCCAGAUGUGAGUCUGUUUGUUUUCAGUUGUCUGGGCUCCACAAAAAAACGUGAUACAAUUUGAGCGAUCAAAGAAGCUACAGAGCAGGAUGCGGUCAUGAAAAUGCCAUGGAUGAAGACUGUGGGGUUGGGGGGGUGCCUUUUUAUGAACUAAAAUAAAUAAACUUUAAAAACCUUAAACUUCGCAAUAUUUAUUUGGAGAUUUUAAAUGAUCGUAUUCUGAAUUAAUAACCUAUAUCCCUGAAGGCCGGAUUCCUUGAACGAUAGAAAAUUUAAUUAUGAUUGCAUUUAAGAACAGAUUCUUCAGCUGACUUAGUGAGAAGGAUCCAGGAAAAAGAAUGUAUUAUAGAGCCUUCUCUCCUCAGAUGAAAUGCUGCUUUCUUCAGAUGACCACUGUCUGGAGCCAGGUUUUUAAUUUCACUGGGACGUGCCUUAGGCCCCGAUCAUAGAAUUGUAAACCUGCUUACAGGCCCCCACCCCCACCCCCAAUCCUUUUUGUCAUUUGGGGAUAUAAAUUGGGGCAUGCAGUUUCAAAUGCCACUUGUCUUCCUCUGUGUAUUUUUCCCUGUCUGAUUUACACAUCUUCAGACCUUGAUUACAAGAACAUUUAUCAUCAGGUAAGAAAUAUAUAAGAAGAAGAGUAUUGCUGGGGUCGCUGGAACUUAUGUAGGAAACAUCAGACCCGGUUUCUUCCCCUCAUUUCCCUCUCAGAGGUUAGUAAUCUGCCCCACUUGCCUUUAAACAAUGCACAGCCACUGAAUGGUGAGGAAAAGAAGGCCAUCCAUGCAAACCUGCGCAGUGUUUUGGGAUAGAACAAAGAUGCCUGUCCCUUUAAUUCAAAUGUCAGUUUCCAUUUGAAGAAGGCCUUUUAGGCUGGCAUAGGGAGGAUGCUAGGCAGCGUUUCUUUGGCAACUCUUCGCCGUCUCCAUGGAUACCCAAUAUGCAGGAAGCAAGGUGCAUGAUCUCUUCAGAAGGAAACACGUGUACAUAGAGCUGCUCUGCACUGAAAUUGUUGCAUCUUAGCAACCGUAUGUAAAAGGCGGUAAAUGGUUGAAAAUCAGCAAAGUCUGAUUAUUCCUGGAGAUAUGGUUAAUAAGAAAACAGAACUCCAGCUAUCAGUAUUUUGAAGUUUUUUCUCCUGGCAUGAAAACACGCACACAAAAUAACCGCAGAUAAAGUUCCAAUAUUUAAACUGGAAGAUUUUCUGUGGGCCUGGAGUUUUAUUUGAGAUGUUUUGCCUGCUGUAAUUUUCAUAAAUUCCCAGAGAGACUUUGGAAGCCUCUACUGGGUCAGACUUAAUCCUCGCCUUUCCAUUGUUUUCUCAGGUUUCCAUUUACCUACCAAGUCAGGGUUCAUGCUUAGUCCUAAACCUUCCUUACAAGUAAUGUGUGUAAAAACAAGGAAAAUGUAACAGUGCUAAAUAAAGUGUAACUUAAUAAGAACAAAUGAAGAUCAAUAAAAGAAGAUAGCUAUUGAAUUCACCAGCCAAUGUCUACAAAUAUUUGAGCAUUAUCACUUAAAAAUUGUUUUUUCUUGGAAGAUAUCUGCUACUUGCCUGGAAUUGGUCUUCUGAAUAACAAACCCUGUAAUUAUGAUGCAGAGCAAACAAUUAUUCUUGGGGUGAACUCAACAAAAAGGAAUUCCUUAUUACCUCCUUUUUUUUUUUUGCUGAGGAAGAUUUGCUCUGAGCUAACAUCUGUCGCCAAUCUUCCUCUUUUUUUUUUGGUUGAGGAAGAUUAGCCCUGAGCUAACAACUGUGCCAAUCCUUCUCUAUAUUGUAUGUGGGUUGCCACCACAGCAUGGCUGAAGAGUGGUGUAGGUCCAUACCUGGGAUCCAAACUCGCAAACCCAGGCUGCUGAAGUGGAGCUUGCCAAAUUUAACCACUACGCCACGGGACCCGCCCCCCUUGUUACCUCCUUGUGAUAGAGACUUGUGGAGAAGGUGGGAGGGCAGGGCUGCCAGGGGCACACCUCAGGCCAGUUCUCCCUGCCCUGUCCCUGGGGAAGACUAUGGUGGGUGGGGGGAGAUUUCCCAAAAACAAUUCUUUGUUUUUCCCUUGUGGACUGGCAUUUAAUCAGCUGUUCUGUAAUAGUCAGUGCUCCUGUAUUUGAAAAAUGUCAAUUCUAACAAAAUGUCCAACCUGUUCCUCUCAAAGUCUUGUGGUGCUAUGUGCUCUGGGAUAAAUGACUGAUGAAGUGUCUUGUGAAAAAGCAUCCUCGCUACCCAGCAUUUUUAUCUGUCAUUUGCCAGUCUUCAUAUUCAAAGUUAGAUUGAGGAUGAUUUCUGUGGGAAAGUUUCUGUGGGAAACUUUGUUAUUUUUGGUUUGCCUUGAUAUAUACUCUUUAUGGUAUGAACUAAAAGUCAAGUAGAAAUGUAGACUAAAGCAUUUACCAUUCUUAAAUAGAGAUUAUCAAAAGUAACCAUAAGAUUUUGCCAAAUAUUAUAGUUUAAACUAUAUUUGAACAUCAAGUUUGAAGAAGUUGCUUUACAUUUCAUAUUUAAAUCACUUUUUAACCUUAUCACCAUCUUCUUGUCA